AAUUCAUUUUAUAAGUGGUUGUAUUUUGGUUAUUGUUAUUGAAGAUUCUGGUAAAGCGUAUUGUUACCCAAUUACAGUACAUUGUAUGGGAAAAGCCCCUGUUAAUACAUCAAAUACAUUUUACUACUUCCUCUUGGCACCUUGUUAUAGAGGUCCCAAUGUCCAUGUUUGUAAACGUUGUGUUUAUAAAAUUGUACCAUUACAAUGACUGUUUUUAAUUGUAAGCCUGGAAAAUGUGUUUGUUGUAUUUUAUCCGAGUCACUAUACUGUAAUAAAUUGGGGGAAAAUACCAUUUAGAGUAACAAAGAACCCAUAGUUUGAUUAUGAUACUGGAAUCUUUGUUAUAAAGAGGUAUGUGACUUACUGUCCUUGAUUUAGUAUGCUGUUGCAUUCUUUCAUGUUUGAUUGCAAAAUGAUCAAGUCGCUUAUUUCAGGGAAUCUUAUCGCCCUGACACCAUUUUGUUGAACAAGUUAGGUAUUUAAGGGAGGCUCAGACAUGAUUUUGUUGAACAAGUUUAACAUGUCAGGGAAUUUUAUAGCUAUGAUACCAUUUUGUUUUAGUCCGGGGAGAAAUCCCAGAAACAGAAUGUUAUGAAAGAGCUCCGCAUUAGGAAACUAUGCUUGAACAUCUGUGUUGGUGAGAGUGGAGAUCGUCUGACGAGAGCUGCUAAAGUUUUGGAACAACUCACUGGACAGCAGCCAGUGUUUUCCAAAGGUAUGUAUUUUUAUUUAUGUUCAGAAAGAAUGUUCAGCAAAGAAAAUCAUCUGCAAAUAAAUUCUAAAAAACUCUACUCUAUGAAGAGUAAAUUUAAUGCUGUGAUUUAAUUAUUACUCUUUUCAGCCCGUUACACUGUGCGGUCAUUUGGCAUUCGUCGUAAUGAGAAGAUUGCUGUUCAUUGUACUGUACGAGGUGCUAAGGCUGAAGAAAUCCUUGAGAAAGGUUUGAAGGUAUGUCGUUUACUAGGUCAUGAUGUACAAAUCUGUGAUACUGGGUAUCCGUAAUGCUUAAAGAGAACACGGCCAAUUUUCUGUGUUUACAGACAAGUAAAGUUUAUUCCAACAGAAUAAAAGUGUUCAUUGGUUAUGAAACUUUCACAAUUAUUCCGCCAUUUCAUUGGACACAGGGUUUUAGCUAAGGAAAAGCUAAGCAGGUUUUUUUUGUAUCAGUGUCUUUGUUUUCAGUUUGGGUUGGUGCUGAGGUCUUUUUCACAGGUGAAAUUAGCCGGCAGCCUGCUCCUUAGCAACAUACCCAGGGUUGUCACUAAAAUUUCAAGUUGCCGGGUAAAUACAACAAGUAGGCGGGGAAUCAAACAGCAAGGAAUUUCUUUCAGUUCUAUUUUUCUUCUAUUUUCCAAUAAAAGUAGCCGAGGACCACACUCAUAGUAGCCGGGGGAAAUCCCCGGCCCCCGGCUCUUAAUGACAGCCCUGAUACCUGUAUACAGUUUACUGUAAAUGGCCUAAUAAACACCUGGGAUGUCUAUUUAGUUUUAGGGGUCCAAGUGGGUCCGUUUAAUAGAUAAGCAAGUGUUCUCAUAACUGCAACAAGCUCAAGAAAACUAAUAUGCUUUUGGCAAAAACAUCAAGAUAGUUGGAUGUAGUUUCUGAUAUUUCUCUAAGGACAAUACAGUGAGAUUUUUUUUGUUCCUUGUCUAUCAAAAGGUUCGUGAAUAUGAGCUGUCAAAGGAUAACUUCUCCCGCACUGGUAACUUUGGCUUUGGUAUCCAGGAACACAUUGAUCUUGGAAUCAAAUAUGACCCCAGUAUUGGUAUUUAUGGUAUGGAUUUCUACGUUGUCUUGGGACGCCCUGGAUUCAACGUUUCUAAACGAAAAAGGAAGCAAAGUAGAAUUGGGUUUAAACACCUUAUAACAAAGGAGGAGGCUAUGAAGUGGUUCCAACAGAAGGUAAGGAUGUUAAAAAAAACUGACUUUAUAAGGGAAAAACGGUUGCUUUUGUACUGUUAAACCAAUGGUUUUCAUUGUGGGCACCAAGGCUGUGCUCUAGCAGUGCCUGGUGGCCUGUGGCACCUAACUUUUGUUCUCGGGCGACUAGAAGAUCUUAGGUUUUGCAUACAAAUCCUCUGCUGGGCACCCUGGAUUUCACAGGUCCAGACCACUGGGCUCCCUUCAAUUUUUUGUAGAGCUCAACCUUGGGGCCACAGGGGUAAUAAUCCCAACUGGCUGAAGGCAAACUAGUUUGUUAUUUACAGGGUUAAUAGAUGGAGGGGUUAAACUCGGGAGUACUGAGAACAAUCCAGCUAUUGAUUAGGGCAGGUACUGAGCACACACUUUCUAGAUUACAAUUCCACUGCUCUUGGACACUCUUCCUCCAUAGUUUCUUUACAGUACAAACUGUAUCAGUAUUUCUACUGGACAAAGUUUUCACCUUCUUUUUCACAUGUUCUGAAGGUUGUCGAUAAUUAUUUUGAUGGUUUAUAUGAUACCCAGUCAAAGUCAAUGAUGUUUUAGAGGUGGAUUUGUGCUCUUUUGAGUAACCUGUGAAUAUAGCAUCUUCUUUUCAGUCUCUGUCACACAUUUGUUCAUAAGAUCUGCAUUUUGGUCCCCAAAAUUCCAUACUAAUGACGUAAAUCAUUGGUUACUAUUAUUACUUGUACGUAGUCAUGCAGUUUUUAAAUGUUUCUCUUGGGCAAUAAUAAUAAUUAUUAUUAUUGUAAUAUUUUGAAUCCUAUUGAGAAUUGACUUCUUCUUCUGCAUUGUUAACCAAAUUUUCCUCAUCAAUAUCAAUAUCAAUAUCAUCAAGAUUUGUUAAUAUUUUCUUGUCUUUCAGUAUGAUGGUAUACUGCUGUCUACCAAGAAGAAGUGA